GCAAGUAGAUGCAGUGGCGCUGAGUGGGAUGUAGGAUCUUCGACGACAUCUCUCUCCGUUAUCGGCGCUGGAUUGUUCUUCGUAGCUGGUCGAAGGGCUUUUGACCUGAUACGAUCGACUCUUCGACGCACCUUGCGCAGCCCUGUGUUGCCGUGAUGUGGACGUGGCGUCAGGGAAACGCUGUGCAAACUAGCGGCGAGCCGAAGUUGCCACAGUCGGCGGAGGCGCAGCUUCUAUUUCGAAGCCCACGCCGCUUGACUUUGUGGCCAAGGAGUUUCCACCAGGAAAUCUGCGACUGCAAAGCGAUAAUCUGUAGUUUGAAGACCGUCGCAGGGGAAGGACUCAGUCGUGGCUCCAAAGCAUUGGAAUCUUCAGCGCUCGAAAUACUCGUCGCCGGGGCCAGAAGAGUGGAAGAGUAUUGUGCCAGAAGUCGAGCGGAUUUCUGGGCGUCACUUGAACCUUGUCUAGUGUACCUCUGUAAGAUGCGGGCGGGAGACGUGUCGCACUCCUUCUUCAGAUACCGUAGCGAGUUUGAACCCCACUCAGCUUUGGCGAGACUCGAGAGCCUAGGAGCUUUAAGUGAUCUUACGAGACGGGUGUCGAUACCUCGUAUAUACCGGAGGCACGGCUCAUUGGAGAAAGUCAACGGGACAACAAAGCCAAGCGAAACCCAUAGAUCCGAAAGGGGCGGGGUCGGCGGUGCUGAACUGACUGUUGAUGAAUCAAACCUCAUCAGCAAGACCGCAAUCAUCGUUGCCGACGCGACUCUCACGACGCGACUUCAAGAUUGCCGUAUCGGAAAGUUGGCUAGAAUGAAGAAGGUGAGGGUUCGCGCACGAAGCAUAAAGAUGAGGUCACAGCCAGCUUCUUGUGAGUUGACGUGCCGAUGGCUUAGUGUCGUCGAGUCAUCCUUUUGUCCUCUUGUUCCCUGGGAAAUGACUCGCUGACGGCGAACAUAUGCUUCCUGCAUCGGUAUGAACUGUGAAGCGCGGGUCGUUCUGAUCAAGUAAGCCGAAGGACAAAGAAGGCUGUGGAUGAGAGAGACGGUGUCCAAGACAGAGGCUUCCGAGAGGCAACCAAGGUUUUUGCGCCAUAAGGAAGAGGGGGAUGACCUGCUGCUCAUCGUUUCAAUCCGGCAAGAAUGGAGACAAAAAGUCCCUAGUGCUUGAGUUGAUUAUGGAAGAGAAAGAACCC